AUGCAGCCCAACGAACAAUGCAAACAAGGCGAGUUGGGACUGCUCCAGAGUGGCUCUUAUAUUCAGCAAUAUCAAUAUUCUCAGACUAAUUCUCCAACUUAUGAAGAUAAUGUUUUAGUAUACGAUGAUAACUCUGUGGAUAAUACGAAUAUGCUGUUUAGAUCUGAUAGCGUUUUUAGUGAAAACAACUGUAUUUCUGGAUAUACAGUGAUGAGAAGUUCAUCUCUGACCAAUAUUCCAUCCAACAAUUUAAUUUGCGACAUCUCUCAUAUUCAAUCUGGCCCUGCUAGGGCAAGUAGAAAUUCAACAAUUAGAAGGUCAUCUACUUCGCCGCCCCCUCACAUGAACCAUCCAUAUUCUCCAAAUUCAUAUCAUCAAUCCUCUCCAUAUUACUCGAAUAGCCCAGUCAGUUCUCCGAGGAGUCUGUCCCCAUCAUCAUCUAGGCAAAGCCCUCAAUUAGGAUCGGAACAAUCCAGAGCUGAAAGCGGUUUACUAUUACUUACUGAGAAGGUUAUUGAGUAUGCAAAACAAAGUCCAAAAUAUGAAAUUGAUCUACAAACUGUAGAAAAUAAACUUGGUGUUCCUAGAAGAAGGCUUUAUGAUAUUACAAAUGUUCUUGAAGCAGUGGGAUUAUUCACCAAGCCCAGACAUAACAUUUAUAAACUAAAUAUGGAUAUAAGCUCUGGAAUUUUACAGGAUGAAGAGAAUGAUGAAAAUAUUAUUUUCUAUACAAAAUCUCAAUUCGAACUAGAACGAGCAAUUUCAAAUAUUAAAGACUCUAUUCAGGACCUUAUUAAAGCAGGACAAGAACAAGGGCUACUCUAUGUUGACAGGGAAACACUUUCAAAAUUAUGCCCUGUGAAUACCAAUACGGUCGUUUCUAUAUCUACACCUAUAGAUUCGUCGAUUAUCUUAAACCCCAAUCAGCAUUCUUACCAGCUCCUCAACUCUAUUUUAAGAACAAAGAAUAGUCAUACUGAAAGUAGCAUGAUUUCAGUUCAAUCACAAAUUCUAGAUUCACAUUGGAGUAUCUUAUUAAAACAUCAAUCUUCACAACUUAAUGUUGACGUUAUUAAUGGUCAUGCAAAUAUAUUAGAAGAGGUAAAGCAAACCAUGUCUCCCAUGAAACUACCAACGCAACCACCACAUACUAACCCCAAAAAUAUUGUAGAUAAAUUUCUCUACUAG